GCCCCUCACCAAGGUCUCCUUGCCCAUGGCCAAGCAGCCUGGGCGCUCAGUGCAGCUCCUCAAGUCGGCGGACCUGGGGCGGCAGAGCCUGCUCUACCUGAAGGAGAUCGGGCAUGGCUGGUUUGGCAAGGUGUUCCUGGGGGAGGUGAACUCGGGCAUCAGCAGCACGCAGGUGGUGGUGAAGGAGCUGAAGGCCAGCGCCAGUGUACAGGACCAGAUGCAGUUCCUGGAGGAAGCACAGCCCUACAGGGCCCUCCAGCACACCAACCUGCUGCAGUGCCUGGCCCAGUGUGCCGAGGUGACACCGUACCUGCUGGUGAUGGAAUUCUGCCCCCUGGGUGAUCUCAAGGGAUACCUGCGGAGCUGCCGCGGGGCUGAGGCGAUGAUCCCGGACCCGCUGACCCUGCAGAGAAUGGCAUGUGAGGUGGCCUGCGGUGUCCUGCAUCUCCACAGGAACAACUACAUCCACAGCGACCUGGCCCUGCGGAACUGCCUGCUCACAGCCGACCUGACCGUCAAGAUCGGAGACUACGGACUCUCGCACUGCAAGUACAAAGUUUGACGUUCUCUUCUCGUACUGACCCUACAUACUUGGCAGGACGACUACUUUGUGACGGCCGACCAGCUGUGGGUGCCGCUGCGCUGGAUCGCCCCCGAGCUCAUUGACGAAGUGCACGGCAACCUGCUCAUCGUGGACCAGACCAAGUCCAGCAACGUCUGGUCGCUGGGUGUCACCAUCUGGGAGCUGUUUGAGCUGGGCAGCCAGCCCUAUGACCACUACUCUGACCGGCAAGUGCUCGCCUAUGCCAUCAAGGAGCAGCAGCUCAAGCUGCCCAAGCCUCAGCUGAAGCUCUCGCUGUCAGAGCGCUGGUAUGAGGUGAUGCAGUUCUGCUGGCUGCAGCCCGAGCAGCGUCCGACGGCGGAGGAGGUCCACCUGCUGCUCUCCUACCUCUGUGCCAAAGGGGCGACGGAAGCGGAGGAGGAGUUCGAGAAGCGCUGGAACUCCAUGAAGCCCAACGGCAGUGCCAGCACCAGCCACCACGGCCCCGAGCUCUCCUCCUUCCCACUGCUGGAGCAGUUCUCUGCUGAUGGCUUCCCCUCAGAUGGGGAUGACAUCCUCACCGUGAUGGAGACCAGCCAUGGCCUCAACUUUGAGUACAAGUGGGAGCACACCAAGACUGAGCACUUCCAGGCUCCCCUGGGGUCCCUGAGCCCCAGCAGCGCUGCACGCUACCACGACCUCUACUACCCAGCCACAACCACAGGACACCUGAGCCUGGGGGUCUCACCCUCCUGCUAUGAGUGCAAGCCACCUGGCUGCCCUGGGCUGCCAGCGCCUGGCGUGGUGCCCAUCCUAGGUGCCCACAGCCCCUCACUUGGCAGCGAGUACUACAUCCGCAUCGAGGGGCCUGGGGAGGGCAGUGCCGAGCUGGAUUAUGCCAUGUGUACCUACAGCCCUGCAGCCGAGCAGGGGUCCCCACACCCCCCGUCCUGCUGGCGUGCCCAGGGGACCCGGAAUGGCAGCACCUACGACUCUGACAGCAGCCCCACCGUCUCCCUCAGCAUGGAGCCACUGCUGGGCCAUGCGCCGGUGGGUGAGGGCUCUUGGGAGUGUGCUGAGUACUAUCCCUACCCCUGCCCAGGGCAGGAGCCACGGGGUUAUGAACCAUCCCCCAGCCACGGGGCAGAGGGGUACCUGCUGGAGGAGGAUCCCACCCAGCUGGACAGCCAGGACUGGUCCAUCCCUGGUUUCCAGCCCACCAUCUUCACUGACCCCCUGGGUGUCUCGCCGUCGGUGAACAGCACCUACAGCCCCCUGGGGUACAGUGAACCACGGGCAGCCCCACCAGGCGGGCAGCUGUCAGGGCAGAGUGAUGCCAGGCCGGACUGCGUGGCGGUGGAGCUGGGUGAGGACAGUCCCCCUGGUGCCCCCCACACCCAGGGUGCGAGCCCCCCGUCUCAGCGGCAUCCCUGGGCCUCCAACAGCUCCUCCAACAACAACAUCAGCAGCGGUAGCCCAGCAUCCCACGACGCCCAAGCUGGCGACAGCUGGUGCUACCGCCGCAUGAUCACCUUCCGGGGGCUAAUGGCCAAGCCGCUGGGCACUGUGCCACGCGGCCAGCCACAGCUCGGGGGGUCCCCACCAGGCCAUGACUUCCGCCGCCUGCGGCAGGAUCAUCCCCCCAGCAUGGCCGGCAGCUCCUCCUCCCUGUGCCGCUCACCCUCCCCGCGCCGCCAGGCCUGGCACAGCCGUGACUCAUCAACCUUCGGUCGCUCGCAGGCAGCAGCACUGGCUGGCAGCCCCGCCAAGCCGUGGGGCCCCACCACGGCCCUGGCAGCUGGAGCAGGGGCCCAGCAUGAUGACUGCCUGGAUGAGAGCCUGGAGAGGAGCAGUCCUACCCAGAGUCCGCUGCCCCACGCCGCAACUGUGCCAGGGCCAGGGGAGGCCACCCCCAUGGCUGGCACUGCUGUGCCGAACCCCAACCCCCCCCCGGAGCCUGGUGUAGAUGGUGCCCAACCCACAGCAGAGGCCUCUGAGGUGCCUGCGCCAGUGCCUGGGGAGGCUGUAGGCGAGCGUGGUGUGUGCGCUGCUGUUGAUGUGGACCGGACGCCAGACAAGACCUUCUCCAGUGCCAGCUUCCCCAGCGCGGACGAAGGGAGCGAUGAGGACACUGCAGAGCUGACCUCCGGUGUCUUCACUGACUUCUCUGGGGACUACACGGAGCGGGUGGAGGCAGCCCCAGCAUUCAAGUCCCUGCAGAAGCAGGUGGGGACUCCGGACUCCCUGGAGUCGCUAGACAUUCCCUCCACAGCCAGCUCCUGUGAGGUCUUCAGCCCCACUGCCUUCACGCCUGCUGGCCAGCCCAAAGCUCUCGACAGCGGCUACGACACCGAGAACAACGAGUCCCCCGAGUUCGUCCUUAAGGAGCCCCACGAGCCACGAGAGCCAGAUGCCUUCAACCAGCUGGGAAAGCCACCCCCGGGUUUGCCAGGGAGCGAGGGUGAAGAUUUGGCCCCCGACGCUCGGGUCCCCACCUCCCUCGGGACUGAGCUGCACAGCCUUGCUGAGAAGAAUCCCUACCGCGACUCUGCCUACUUCUCCGACUAUGAUGCUGAGGCCGAGCGCAGUCCCAAGGGCGAGGAGGACAGCGAUGGGGCCCAGACCCCAGAGGCAGAGGAGGGUCCUCAGUCCCCUGCACAGGACCUAGUAAGAGCCCCUGGGCCAGGAGAGGACCCACUGCACCCCCCAGGGGCACCCGGUAGCCCCCCAGCAGGCCCCGGUGUUGCGGCAGCAGUGGACACGCCAGUGGUUGGGGUUUUGGUGGGGCACUGUCAGGAGGCAGAGGCUGGGAGCACCCUGGGCAGCCCCACGGGGCAGGCUUCUGGUACCGAGCAGAGACCCGCUGGCACGGGGCUGGUGCCAGGCAGCUCCCCACACCCUGAUGGAGAAUCCUGUCCCCCAGGCUCUGUGACGCCCAAGACUUUCUUGUUGACUCCAGUGCCACUGAGCCCUGGUGAGGCAGAGUCCAUCGAAGGGACCCAUGGGCCUGAGGGCAUGCCUGGACCUGGGGAAGCUGAGGCUGGGGACAAACAGACUGUGCCUCCCACGCCAGGGCUUGGGGAACUGGGGCUGCCUCUGCAGGGAACUGUGGUGGAUGAUGCACCAGGAGGUCCCAGCACCUUGCUACCGGAGAGCGAGUCACCCCUGGGUCUCUCUCCGCUCCCCUCCACCCGGGAGCCACGGCCGGUUGGCCCUGAGCGCUCUGAGGAGCUGGAGGAAGAGGAGGACGACACAGAAGACAGCGAUGAGUCGGACGAGGAGCUGCGCUGCUACAACAUCCAGGAACAAAGUGAGGAGAGUGAGGAGGAGCCAGUGGCAGUGCCCAUCGUGGUGGCUGAGAGCCAGAGCAGCAGGAACCUGCGCAGCCUCCUCAAGAUGCCCAGCCUGCUCUCUGAGGACUUCUGUGAGGAUCUGGAGCGCAAGAAGAAAGCUGUCUCCUUCUACGAUGAUGUCACCAUCUACCUCUUUGACCAGGAAAGCCCCACACGGGAGCUGGCUGAGCAGAACUUUCCGGAGUCCCCCCAGCCCCCCCAGCCUGCUGGCAGCCCCCCCAACCCAGCAGACAGGCUCAGCACCUCGGAUGAUUCCUCGGAUGGCAACCUCUCAGAAGAGAGUGGUGGCUUCGAGUGGGAUGAUGACUUUCCACUCGUGGCAGUGAAGCCAUCCCUGAUGACCUCACUGACAGGGACAUCAGCAGAGCCUGACCCAGCGGUGUCCACGCUACCUGCCCUGUCCACACUGGUGCCAGCUCAGAAACAGGUGCUGCCUAUCCAGUUCUCCCGCUUCACAGUCUCGCCUGCCCCGGUGUCCCGGUUCUCCAUCACUCACGUUUCCGAUUCAGACAUGGACUCCAUAGGAGGCAGCAGUGAGGACGGUGACCGGGAGUGA